AUGAACCGCGCCGACCUGCACGCCCUCCCGGGCGUGACGCCGAUCGACGAGGCGGCGACGAAGGACUUCGUGUUCCAGCAGACGAUGUUUCGCAUCAAGGACCCGCAGCGCUCCCUGGCGUUCUACACCGGCGUGCUCGGCAUGACGCUCCUCAACCGCCUGGACUUCCCCGACAUGGGCUUCUCGCUCUACUUCCUCGCAAAGGGCGUGGACCCGGCGUCGGUGCCGGACGACCCGAAGGAGCGCGUGGAGUUCACGUUCAAGUGCCCGGGCACGCUCGAGCUCACGCACAACCACGGCACCGAGACGCAGGACGACUUCGCCUACCACAACGGGAACUCGGACCCCGGCAAGGGCUUCGGGCACAUCGGCUUCGAGGUGGCGGACGUGGACGCGGCGUGCAAGCGGUUCGAGGAGAUGGGCGUGGAGUUCGUGAAGAAGCCGAACGACGGCAAGAUGAAGGGCCUCGCGUUCAUCAAGGACCCCGACGGCUACUGGAUCGAGAUCCUCAACGCCCAGAACUGCAAGCAGUUUGUGUAA